AUGAGAGAAAUUAUUCAUAUUUCAACAGGUCAAUGUGGUAAUCAAAUUGGUGCUGCCUUCUGGGAAACUAUAUGUACAGAGCACGGUUUGGAUUAUAAUGGUAACUAUCAUGGUACUAAUGAUUUACAAAAAAAUAAACUAGGCGUCUAUUUUAAUGAGGCUUCUUCAGGUAAAUGGGUACCAAGAUCAAUUAACGUCGAUUUAGAACCAGGUACUAUUGAUGCUGUUAGAAACUCAAACAUAGGUAAUCUUUUCAGACCUGAUAACUACAUCUUCGGUCAAUCUUCAGCUGGUAACGUAUGGGCUAAAGGUCAUUAUACUGAAGGUGCAGAAUUAGUCGAAUCUGUCAUGGAUGUAAUUAGAAGAGAAGCUGAAUCUUGUGAUUCCUUACAAGGUUUCCAAAUCACUCAUUCCUUAGGUGGUGGUACCGGUUCAGGUAUGGGUACUCUAUUAAUCUCAAAAAUUAGAGAAGAAUUCCCAGAUAGAAUGAUGGCUACUUUCUCAGUCUUACCUUCCCCAAAGACUUCCGAUACCGUUGUAGAACCUUAUAAUGCAACUCUUUCAGUACAUCAAUUGGUUGAACAUUCUGAUGAAACUUUCUGUAUCGAUAACGAAGCCCUUUAUGACAUCUGUCAAAGAACUUUGAAAUUAUCCCAACCAUCUUAUGGUGAUUUAAACAAUUUGGUAUCAAGUGUCAUGUCGGGUGUAACAACUUCAUUACGUUAUCCAGGUCAAUUGAAUUCAGAUUUGAGAAAACUAGCUGUAAAUUUAGUCCCAUUCCCAAGAUUACAUUUCUUUAUGGUCGGUUACGCUCCAUUAACUUCCAUUGGUUCACAAUCUUUCAGAUCUUUGACCGUCCCCGAGUUGACUCAACAAAUGUUCGAUGCAAGAAACAUGAUGGCUGCAUCUGAUCCAAGAAAGGGUAGAUACUUAACCGUUGCUGCUUUCUUCAGAGGUAACGUCUCAGUUAAAGAAGUCGAAGAUGAAAUGUUAAAAGUACAAACUAAAAAUUCAGAUUAUUUCGUUGAAUGGAUUCCAAAUAAUGUACAAACUGCUGUCUGUUCUGUCGCUCCAAAGGAUCUGGAUAUGGCUGCCACCUUCAUUGGUAACUCUACCGCUAUACAGGAACUAUUUAAGAGAGUCGGUGACCAAUUCAGCGCAAUGUUUAAGAGAAAGGCUUUCUUGCAUUGGUACACUAGUGAAGGAAUGGACGAAUUGGAAUUCACUGAGGCUGAAUCAAAUAUGAACGAUUUAGUAAGUGAGUACCAACAGUAUCAAGAAGCUAUCGUAGAAGAAGACGGUGAUAUCGAAUACGAAAAUGAUGAAGAAGUCAUGCCUGAAAAUUUCGAAUAA